GUGUCAGCGGCAAGCAACCCUGGGCCCUGUACCCUCUUGUACCUUGCACCCCGGGUGCGAGAUUGCUCGUCCCUUUGGCACCUCUUCCACGUAAGCCAAUUACGCUGGUAAAAACGCACAGGGAAUUGACUGCGAUAUGUCAUCGUCCUGUUUCCAACGUGGUCCCAACACCCUGUCAGUGUCGGUCAGCCUGUUCGCAACCAAUCGCAAACGAUUGUGCGAGAGACUGAGAAAGAAUGAUAAAGUCGCCAAGGGUGCCAUGGUGUUGCUGCAGGGAGGAGAAGAGGAAAGACGCUACUGUACUGAUACAGACAUCCUAUUUAGACAGGAGUCGUUUUUUCACUGGGCAUUCGGCGUACUUGAGCCAGAAUGCUUUGGUGCUAUUGAGGUUGAUACUGGCAAAAGCAUCCUGUUCUUCCCAAAGCUGCCCGAGGACUAUGCCAUCUGGUUGGGCAAGAUCUACCCUAAAGAACAUUUCAAAACGAAGUACGAAGUUGAUGAAGUCUUCUUUGUUCACGAGAUAUCCGAGGUACUGCAAUCUAAAGCUGCUUCUGUCCUUCUUACGUUGAAAGGACUCAACACUGACUCUGGGAAAACUAGUAGACAGGCAACAUUUCCUGGCAUUAGCGAUUUUAAGGUAGACAACACUGUACUACAUCGGGAGAUGGUGGAAUGCCGUCUACGAAAGACUCCACAAGAAUUAGAGGUUCUGCGUUAUGUUAGUCGCGUGAGCAGCGAGGCACAUAAACAAGUGAUGAUGCGAGUAAGGCCAGGGAUGAUGCAGUACGAGACAGAGAGUCUGUUCUAUCACUACUGCUACUCGAGAGGGGGAUGCCGUUACCUCGCCUACUACUGUAUCGCGGCCACAGGCGCUAGCACUGCCCUGUUGCAUCACGGUCAUGCAGGCGCUCCUAAUGACGUCAUGAUUCAAGAUGGAGACAUGUGUAUGUUCGACAUGGGCGCUGAGUAUUAUUGCUAUGGCUCGGAUGUCACGUGCUCAUAUCCAGCCAAUGGCAAAUUCACGGACAAACAGAAGUUGAUCUACAACAUUGUUUUCAAGUCUUCUCGAGCUGUCAUGGCGCAUGUCAAACCAGGUGUAACGUGGACAGACAUGCACUGUUUAGCAAUGAGAGUUAUCGUGGAAGAGCUAAAGGCCGUGGGUUUCUUGCAGGGGGAUAUUGAAGAGCUUAUCUCCCAUGGCGUCGGAUACCUAUUUAUGCCGCACGGAGUCGGGCAUUGUCUUGGUGUAGAUGUACACGACGUUGGGGGAUUUCCAGAGGGAGCCGUGCGGAGUAGUACUCCAGGCUUGGACAAGCUGAGAUGUGUCCGCGUGCUGGAGGAAAACAUGGUGCUGACAAUAGAGCCGGGGAUCUACUUCAAUGGAUCGAUUUUAGAACCCGCAUUGAAGAAUCCUGAAAUAUCACGUUUCCUCAACCGUGCCAUGAUCGAAGAUUUCCUUGACUUCGGCGGGCUACGUUUUGCAGAUGAUAUCGUGGUGACGUCAGAUGGGAUGGAGCUGAUGUCAGGUGUCCCGAGAACAGUUGAAGAGAUCGAGGCUUUAAUGGCAAAGGGGCGGAGCCUACCCGACCAGUUCCCAGACCCUGAGGAACCUUAACCCUAUUAGUGCCCUAUUAGAUAAAAAUGUGAAAAAUCAAGAUUUGAAAAUGCGCACUUUUGCAUGCGACGCAUGCGACUUUUGCAAAUUUUCGCGUUUUAAUCUAAAUUUUGAACUAACAUUUAUUUCUGCAGUUGUUUUAAUAGAAGUUUUAAAAGGUAAAGCUUGUAUUUUCUAUACAGGGAACAUACAAAACCUACAGAAUGUUAACAACAGUUAUUCAAAAGCUCUCUCCAUUCGAUAUUUUGACAAUUUCAUGUAAUAAGGUACGCAACGGUCAAUAGGAAACUGUCACCUUUUUUAAUUGAUUUGCAAUAUAAAGAAACUAUUUUUCUCGACAUACACAAUAAGUGACUGCAAACAGUCAAAAACUUUUGUUUGCGAUGCAAACUAAAAUAAACCUGAAUGUGGCCUCAUAGACUUGCAUGUGAAAAAAAAAAACUUAUAAAAAUAAACUUCUUUUACUUUUUCA